GCCUGCGCCCGCCCAAGCAAGCCCCUCCAUCCCGCAGCAAACCAAGCCACCUGCAUACGCGUCUGCACUCCCAUCGAAUGUCGGUGUCGGCAGUGCGAGUCUCACUCCAGCCGGCGCAUGGCUACAUCCCACUUGUAGUCAUCGGCGCCGGCCUCGUCGGGACCUGGGCCGGCUUCCGCGUCGGCGUGGCGCGCAAGCAGUUCAACGUGCCGUACCCGCAGAUGUACGCCGAGAAGAGCGACAAGAACGCCAACGAGUUCAACUGCGUGCAGCGCGCGCACCAGAACGUCCUGGAGAACCUCCCGCUGUUCUACGCCAUGCUCGCCACCUCCUCGAUCUACCGCCCCAAAGUCGCCGCAGCAGCCGGAUUGGUCCGCAUUGCUGGGUUCGUCAUGUACGUCAAGGGCUACUCAACCGGUGACCCAGGGAAAAGGAGAAAGGGGAACUUCGGUUACCUCGGCACGCUAGUGAUGUUAGGACUCUCUUUGGAAGCUGCACUACGCCUGCUUGGUCACCUAUAGUGGCUGCUCGAUCAGGAUGAAGAGCAGCAACUGAGGACAAGUGAUGAUGAAUCAGACGACAACUAGUACAAGAGACGAAGAGCAAGAUGGAAGAGAAGAAGUGUGAAGUAUCACGAGAAAUGAAGGACCGGCGAGCACGCUCAUGAUGCCUCCGAUUCAAGGGGUAGUGUGAGGCGAACGUA